AAAGAGUCAAAGAAACUCAGUAAGAGCAGCCUGGCUUAUUUGACUGCGAUGGUGGAUAUAUAAGUUUCAUUGCGGAUAUCCGAAGUUAUGGAUACUUUAUGUUAUAUAUUGGUCAAGGACAAGUCAUCAGAGUUCGAAUCAGCCAACAUAAGGAGAAUAUCGACUUCGGAUAUAUUACGUCUCUACACUACUAUAUCAUAUUAAGCGGCGGUAAAUCUCGAACAACGAACUUUAUUCGACUAUAUCGUCUUCACUCAGAUUCAUUGCUAAUCAAGGAAGAUACCAAAAAUCAGCAAGUCGAACAACUCAAUGAAGUACGGCGGACUCUACUAGAGCUUCUUAUGACGCUAGCCUUUCAGACGCUGCCAGCUAAAGAGCUACGUCAAUGGCUUCCUAAUAACUUUAUCAAGUCUCCUUUUCGUACCUUACACCUAAACGUACUAAACCCUCUUUAUCAGAUCAAAAAGGGGUUCGCUACCGUCGAGGUUCGACAAGCAAGUCGAGACCAACUACUCUCAUCAGAUGACCCACAACUAGCCUUAUGGCCCGAUAUCAGGAAGCGGCAAAUACAUGAUCAAAAAAAACAGCAGACACAGAAUCUCGGUCCAUACCCUAAGCUAUCUCAGAUGGGCGAUAUCUUACAGACCACCCUUGAAGAUAAUCGAUAUACCCUAGGAGAUAUCGAUAUUCCAAUCUUUCCACUUAAGCCUCUCUUCGAUCAAAUACGAGAGGCUAAGUAUUGAAGCUAGACUUCGCCGACUUCGAGAUCAAAUACAAGAUACGGAAGCUAGCCUAUCUUCUGAUGGUUUCUAGACUCCCGUGAGCGAUUUAAACAGUCCACUAUGUAUAGUGUUGAAUCAAGCUUUACUCCCGAAACACGAUCGUUCGGACUUCGCGAACAGUUUCUUACCUAUUACAUUUGACCGAAUGGGGCUGACUGAUGGACAAAUAUUGAUAUGGCCUUUUGACCUUCGAAAUCCAUCAAAUAUUUCUACACACCUUACGGUCCUACCAAGUCAACCUACUACUAGCCAAAGUACGGCUUUCAAAGAUUUCUCCUUAGGACUACUUCACGAUAGUCGUGCUACUUUUAUACUGGUUACAGAGGGACUCACCAAGGAAUAUCUCUUUGACGCCAACCCUCUUCUU